UCGUAACUGUUAUCCGAUGAAAGGGGAAGUCUGCUGCUUGCUGUUGCUAAUUGCAAGCGAGAAGCGGAGUAACUUUGUGUUUUUGGCUGUGAGGUCGUGAAAAUUUUUGUCUAGUUCUUUGAAAUGGUUACAGAAUGUUAACUGUUGAUGAUGAAUUUCGUUUAGUAAUGUCUGUCCUCGGCAGGCAGUCAUUUUAAACUUGUUUCUGUUCUCCGUGGCAGACCAAAAGCCGCUAUAACGCUGGCUGUAUUAUUCCCGGCAGUAAUGAAUAGGUAAUAAUCGGAAACAGGUCUGCCAUGAAGUUCACGACUUUGGAAUCGUUCCCUGAAGGGCAGGUUUGCUGUAUGUGCAAAUCCGCCCAAUCGGACUUGUACAAAUUCGGCCAAAUCUAUAAAGCGUCAAAUCUCAUCGUCCACUAUUUUUGCCUGCUUCAGGCUUCCAAAAUUAAGCAGAAUGGGACAGACAAUCAAGGCAUCUGGGGCUUUUUAUUGAAAGAUAUCAAAGAAGAAGUAAACCGAGGAAAAUCACUGAGAUGCUCAUAUUGUUUGAAAAAUGGUGCUACCAUACACUGUUGCAAGAAAGAAUGUCGGAGUAUAUUCCAUCUUAGCUGCGGUAUUAUACGUGGGACAAAGCAUUUGUUUUUUGGUGAAUUCAAGUCUUACUGUGACAAGCAUAACAAACAACAAGUGAUACCGAUAAGCGUAGUAAAUAACGUUCAAAAUACAAAAGUUGACUGCGUCAUCUGCCUUUGCCCCAUUUCAGUCGUUAAGACUGCAGAUGUUAUUUGGCCAAUGUGUUGCAAACCUAAAACCCUACUUCACCGAUUAUGUGUUCAGAAAAUGGCCUUCAAUGCAGGGUAUUAUUUUAAAUGUCCGCUGUGCAACAAUAAAUCAAAAUUCAGGAAAAAUAUGAAACAAUUAGGAAUUUACAUACCAAACCAGGAAGCUGCAUGGGAACAAGAGCCGAAUGCCUAUCAAGAAUUGUUAAUAAACUCGUUAAAAUGUGAAGCAGAAUCUUGUAUUUGCCCAGAAGGCCGGGAAUUUGAGAAGCUUAGAACGAAAUGGCAUAUGUUAGUCUGUUCUUUCUGUGGCGUCAACAACAUUCAUGUAGCCUGUGCCAAGUUAUUGCCUGAAUAUAAACGUCAUGAUAAUUGGAAAUGCUCUAUCUGCAUAAAACUUCCAGUUAAUGCAGAGACAGUUCAAAGUACAACUGACGUACCCAGAGAGUCAGUUGGAAGUAUUUACCAAAGUGAAGAAGCAGUUAACAAUGAGGAAAAUCUUAAACAUGAUACCGAGAACAGUUUUCAAGGAAUUCAGGAUAUAAAUAACCCCAGCAGUCAAAGUGAAGCUGAAACUGUGGUAAAAGACAGUAUUGCCGAAACAACAACAGUUUCUUCAACCUACUUAUUAGAAGAAAAACAUAACGAUAUAGAAAAUUUAUCUACACCGAAGAAGCAUUAUGAUAAUGCCAUCAAAGAUGGUAAAUCAGCCAACAGUGUUAGCCCGACCUCUCCCGUAAAAGAAACACACAAUAAAACUCAAUCACCUCAAAAGCCCAAGCUACUUGUUGCUGAAAUUAUCAACAUCGAUAGUGAAAAUGAAGAGAAAGAUGAAAAUAGUCAUAAAAUCAAAGCUGUACCAGUGGCCUCUCAUCAAAAACCUCAAAAUCCAAGAUUACUUGAUAGGGAUGUUGUCAUCGUUGAAAGUGAUGAGGAGCUAGAAAAUGAUAGUUUAUGUUUAUCUAAGGAAUUGGCCUCUCCCACCACAAAUCAGGAGGUUCAAAAAACUGCUCAAGAAACCAUGCAAAAACCACAAAAACCAAGAUUACUUGUUAGGGAUGUUGUCAUCGUUGAAAGUGACGAGGAGCUAGAAAAUGCUGAAAUGGGUGCAAGUAGAAAACGACAUUCUGGUAACUUCAGUUCUCCUCAGCCUUUGAAAAAGCAGGCAUGUUUAAACAACCCCAUCUCCCAACAGGCUCAAGGAGAACCAAUCACAUUUUUUAUGAUGUCCAAAGAAGGCGUAGGAGAAUGUUUGGGGAUGUCAAUUGUCAAAAGAUGGAAUGAUAAUAAAAUUAAUUCCCUUUUCCUUCAUAUUAUCAAUAGUUAUACAGUAGCAGUAUUCUUAACCUCGUUGAUUGUACUGAAUAAAGAACAGUAUGAAUGUUAUGUUAAAAUGAGUAAUCGGAAGGAGUUUUCAUUGGAAAACUUCUUAAAACAUCACCCAAUUGGUGAAUUAUUGAUUUUUUGUGAGCGCAGAAAGUUACUAUUUGGAAUUUUCAUUGCAAAAAAAGAGACACAUUUCACUGGAAAUAAUAAUAAGCAUUUAUUCUCUUCACCUGAAAAUAGAAACGAUUCUAUAGUGAAAUGUAGCUAUUACAAAAAUCCUGUGAAUUUGAAACAAAUGAUGGUUUUAAAAGCCAUUAAGGUUUAUUCAAAUUCACGUGUUGACCCUUUAUUUCCUGUUGAGUUCAAAUACUUAUUAAAAAGUUCUGAUACGGUUAACUUUUGUAAGUUUAUAUUGUCCAUCACGGUCGGUAACCUAUGUUUCUCAAUUUGUGACAAUGAAGGGAAGGUUUAUGGAGAAUUGUUCAACAGCUAUUUGCCAAGCUGGGUCCAAGGAACAGUCAUUUGCUAUACAGAGUUCAAUUUAAAAUCAGUUAUACAAGAAACAAUAAUUUCCCUUGAAGAUCAUGCCGAUACUCCAUUUACCAUUCUAUUAGCUUUGGCUAAUUUUGAUUCUGUAAGUUGCCAGAAUCAAAACAGUUUCUUCGCAGAAAUACAGAUCUUAUUAAAAAAAUAUCCAAAAGUGAACCUCAUCCUAACAACCGUACUGUGCCCAAAGGACACGCUUUCAUUUUUAUGCAGGCAAAUAAGAAUGUUCAAUCUUCAUUUAAUAAAUAUGUCAGAUAGGUUGGCUUUUUACUACUGGGACAUUAGAAAUAUUAACUUCUAUUCUUUGAACUCUAAAAAAAAAUGUGAAAACCAUUAGAAAAUUGUGGUAACGGAUAAUGGUUGCUACAAUAUGUUUUAUGUUUCAUGUAAUAAUUAUAAUUCUAUUUUGCACUAAAUAAUGUAAAUUUUAAUUAUUAAAUA